GCAGAUUUGCAUUUAUAAAGCCUAUGGCGUAGUUGGCUAGCUUUACGAAGAACUCACGUCACACGACAGCCGAUAGUUUGCCCAGAGUUUUCUGCAUUGUAGCCAAGGCUUUCGUCAAAUUUACCAUGGUGUCACUUGCUGACAUCCUACCUAAACCCAAGCAAUGGGGGCAAGAAGACGAGGUAGACCUGAGAGCCAAAGAGUUACGUGUGGUUUCUGUAUCAAGGAAUGCAGCUCCACCAUACGGUCAUCGGAAAGGAUGGGUGCCUCGGUCAUUGGCCGACUAUGGAGACGGAGGAGCCUUUCCAGAAAUCCAUGUUGCACAGUAUCCUCUGGACAUGGGUCGUUCAAAGACCAAUCAAUCUAAUGCUGUAGCCAAGACAGUGGAUGCAGAAGGCAAGGUCCGCUAUGAUGCUCUUGCUAGGAUUGGACAUGGGAAGGACAAGAUUGUACAUUCCAGGCCUCAAGAUCUCCUUCCAAGAGCAAUGGGUGAUGAUGAUGAUCCAGAACUUCAAAAACCAGAUGAAGAGUCAAUUGAAGAAACUGCUGAGAAGACGAGAGCAGCUUUGGAGAAGAUCGUCCAGUCCAAAAUAUCAGCGGCUCUUCCUGUUCGCCAUGCAGAGAAAACUGCACCUGCACAAUACAUCAGAUACACACCAUCACAACAGGGUCUUGCCUUCAACUCUGGUGCCAAGCAGAGGGUGAUUCGAAUGGUAGAGGCACAGAAAGAUCCCAUGGAACCACCAAGAUUCAAGACGAAUAAGAAGAUACCCCGAGGGCCUCCUUCACCCCCAGCCCCUGUCAUGCAUUCACCUACAAGAAAGGUCACAGUUAAAGAACAGCAGGAAUGGAAGAUCCCACCUUGUAUCUCAAAUUGGAAAAAUCAAAAGGGUUACACCAUACCAUUAGACAAACGUCUAGCAGCUGAUGGCAGAGGACUACAGAAUCCACAGAUUAAUGAGAACUUUGCUAAGCUGGCUGAAGCCCUUUACAUUGCUGAUAGAAAGGCCCGUGAAGCUGUGGAGAUGCGUGCUGGUAUGGAGCGUAAGGUAGCACAGAGGGAGAAGGAGAAACAUGAAGAACAACUGAGAGCCAUUGCUGCUAAGGCUCGUGAAGACAGAGCAGGCAUCAAAUCAGCAAUGGACAAUGAUGACGAUGUGAGAGAGCGAGACAAGAUCAGGGAGGAGCGUCAUCGUGACAGACAGAGGGAGAGGAACUUUGCCCGUGCUGCUCCUGAUAAACGAUCUCGCCUGGAGAAACAGAGAGAACGGGAUGUGAGUGAGAAGAUUGCCCUUGGUCUUCCUAAUGCUGGAGGAGGCAGAUCAGAUGAUACACAGUUUGAUCAGAGAUUAUUCAAUCAGUCAAAGGGAUUGAGCAGUGGCUUUGGAGGAGGAGAAGAUGAGAGUUAUAAUGUUUAUAGUGAGCCUUGGAGAAAGGAUCAGAACGUUGCCAACAACCUGUACAGACCCAGUAGGAAUGCAGACAAAGAUGUCUAUGGGGAUGAUCUUGAUAACCUCAUUAAGAAUAAGAAGUUUGUUCCUGACAAAGGCUUUGCCGGGGCAGACAGCUCCAGACGUCGCGAUGGCCCCGUCCAGUUCGAGAGGGAGGAGGAAGAAGAUGUGUUCGGUCUGGACAACUUCUUCAAGACUGUGAAGAAGGCUGACAAGAGGCAGGCAGAUGAGAGGAACCGGGAUGAUUACGAGAGGGGAAGCAGCAGCAGUAGCAAGAGAAGAAAGGACUACUAGGUUUCCGCUCUUGAUGACUGGACCACCUCCUCACUAGAAUCCAAGUAUAUGUUGUAUCUUGUUUGUAGGGCUUCACAUGGACACUUGUUUGGAAUAAUCCAUAUUGGAAUUUCCUGAGACAAUGCAUGAGUCCGAUUUUUAAAAUUUGCAGUAUUCUAUGUAAUCCUGGGCUUGUAUGACACGAUUAGCCCUAACACGUCGUGCAUUAGAGAUUCCCCUCUCCUUCCAUCAUAGGAUUAAAUUUCAUUGAUGGGAGUCAACAUCAUGUACAGGUAUAGUUGCAUGAGUUGAAACAGUCAUUUAGACUAGAAUAUGCAAAAUGAGUCGACGAUUUCUGUGGUCCCCAAAUAUUUGGCUUUGGUUAAAAUUACCUGUUUUUAUCAUGUGCAGAGCAUAGUUUCAUGUUGGGUAUAUGAGUAGGGGGUGGGGGUGCAUAUCUUACACACAUGUCGUUAUACAUGAGUGUGCUGUUCUGAAAAAAUAAAAAAAAUUAAUGUCUGUGAUCACUGACAUAUCAUGCCUUAAUUUGAUAAAUGAUUCAUAGAAUUUAAACAAAGAAAACUCUAGUGACAAUUCAAUUCCUGUCAGAAUAAAUAUUAACAAUUUAGUUUGAAAGGAUCUUUUUAAAAUUUAUGAUAAUUGAAGGUUUACAAAUCAUGCAUCAGUGAUCGUAGAAAGGCACAAAAUUGAUAUAAAUUUGCUCAAUAUGAACAAGAUCCCUAAAUCAAAGGCUGUUGCCUGGAAUUUAUCUCGCCCGCACAGUAGAAGUGAGACACAGCCGCCUCUUUUUUGGCGAUGGCGUCUUCAACCUCAAACCAUAUGAUGACUUUUGCGUAGCUCCAAAGAGCAGGUUCAAGCUAUUAUCUCUGCUAAUAGUUCAAAGUAUCUGAAUUAUCUGUUUCAUUAAUGGAUCCAUACUUUGUAGGGCAUGGUUAGUAGGAACAGAACAAUAAUUUGUGCAUAAGGUUUGAAUAAUUUGCAAGUACAACGAAGCUUAGAAUUAACCCUAAUAGCCCCGAGGUGUUUGAUUCUUUUCACUCCCAGCUGGAGGGGGGGGGGGCAUUAUGGCCCCCAUAAGAACUCGGCCGCAGAUUGCGUGAUCACGACCCAAUUUUGGACUCUUGGAGAGAAUCUAAGUUCAUCUUGUAUGAAUGAAUUAUGCUAUUUUAUUCAUGAAAUCAUACCUUUUGCUGUAAUUCACUAAAUAAAGCUCUUAGAAUGCUAAUUUUUGGUGUGAUUAUUUUUUAUAACAUUCCUAAUAAGUGCAAAUGAAAAAAAAUCUGUUACCAAAACUUUCAACCAAAUUCAUUGGUGACAUUGAAUAGCAUGACAUUAAUUGACUAUCGUCAAUUAAAGUAAAAAUUAAUUUUCCUGAAAACACAUUUUUUAUCGACUUUGUUCUAGAAAUCACGCUUUUUAGCGAUUUUGGGUCUGACAUGCACUUACAUAUUGCUGCGUAAUUUCAUAACCGCAAACCAGGCAUUUUGUUCUCAAACGUUGCGUGAGACUUUAAUGUAAAAGUUCAGAAGUUCAAAAAAAAUUUCACAGCAGAUUCAUCAUGAGAAAAAAAGAGGGGAGGGCCAUUACCCUACCCCCCCCCCCCCCCCGAGUGUUAGAUAGUGGAUUGUUAGGCCCAGUAGAGUAGAGUUAAGGUAAUUUGCAAAUUUCUCUUGAUGAAGUUAGUAUUAGUGGGUACUUUUUGUGUUAAUAUUCUGCAAAAGUGGAUCCAAAGGUUUUCCAGAGUUUUACCCUAUAAUUGAGUUUAUCUCUAUUUUUUUACUCUGGAUCUACUUGUCGCAGAAUUGUUGAACACAAACAUUACCUCCAAAGUUUUUGCACAAUGCCUUCCUACAUACUUAUAUUUCCAUGAUGUUAUUAAUAUGCGGUACAAAUAACCCUUUAAAGUCACUCUUAAUUCUUUGUGAAAUAUUUCCUCGGUAAAUGAAUUUAGGGUAAUUUCUAACUAGGGGACUUUAAGUUUGCCUGGAAAAAAAAUUCAUGCACUAAAAUAGCAACACACCUGGCUCAUAAUUCAUUGAAAGUACUUAUGUUCUGUUUUUGGAACCACCCCCAAUGGUGGCAGCCAUAAAUUGAAGGUCAGGUCAAAUUAACUAUAUUCAAAGCCAGUAUAAAUAGAAAAAUUUUGGAAAUACAAGAAGAAAUGGGUUUCUUAUACAUUCUUUUUUUUUUGUAUUUUAAAGUAAUAACUUGGUAAUUUUGGCUCAGUAGCCCACCACAGUUGGUUAGUGGGUGUAGGUAUUACAUGUACACUGUAUGUUUCCAGGGUUUUCCACCUGUACAUCAUUCUUUCGACUCUAAAAAAUAUUAAAGACCAUCGGACCGAUCAACAAGUUGAAUUAUGUAUUUACAUUGUGAAAGUGAUGACGAUCUCACUUUUGAUGUGUCAAGGUCACAGAAUAUAUAUAUCUGUAAAUUGGUUCUCAUGAUAGCGAAAUAAUAUGUGACAGAUCAACUUCAUACUUUGAUCAUGUAUUUAUGAUGACCUGAUUAUUUUUCCAAGGUCAAAUAAGUUGUUUCGUAUCAGAAAAUGGCAUUUCCCACAAGGGUAAAGAUGUCAUUCAUAAUAAUGUAAUUUCCUUGCAAUGAUUUAAUGGUCCAGUCAACAAUUAGAUUUAGACUUGAUUUAUGUAUAUGCAUUGAGGAGAGGGAAUUUGAUUAGGAAUUUCAAGUGUUUUAUAUAAAAUACAGAUCGUGCAAUGAUCCAGGUAUUGAAGUAAAUGGUUUGCAGUCGAGAAUCCAUUAAGUUUUCGACUGAAUUGUUGGAUGCAAGUGUAAUAUUAUUGGUAAACAAUUUACUAUUCAUAUAUCCAUUAUGGUUGGUACAUUUCUGAAUAGCUUGAACCUGCCCUUAAAGUUUGUGAAAUAUGUAUACAUGUAAUAUUCUAAUUAAUUUUGUAUCCUAUUAUUUUUUUGAGAAACACUGUUAGACUGGCAGCCCAGAAGAUUUCUUCAAGUAAAAGCACCAGAGCGGUUGACCUUUUAGGUUGAUGGGAGCGGCCCUGGACCUCACAAAUAUGGAAUCGUGCCUGGUCUGUGCUGUGGUCUUCCUGCUAACUCACACAAUUUAAGAUGUCACCAUUGAAAGACUGGUCUUUUUUUGCAAUGUGUAGAGAGAGGCACAUGACAUCAUCAGACAUGACAUGCAUCUGACCAAAUGUAAGUGCUUUAAUUGUGAUUUCAAAGACUUUUCAUACAAUACAAUACAAUGAGAUUUUCCGGGUAUUUUUUUUUAACUUAGGGCAACAAAUAUGAUGGUAUUCUCAAAGAGGCUCUGUCAGUGUUAUUGUCUUUUGCAAUUUUUUUUUGGCCUCGAUGCCAGUUUUAGCUAUUUCAAAUUACCUCUCUUUCCCCUAAAAAAAAAGAGAAAAAUAUUGCCUUGAAACAUUGAAAAUCAUCCUUUUCUCCAUGUCCUUUCAUAUUCAUUGAUCUGCAACAAUAUUGUUUCUCUCUGUUCCUCAUAAUACAUCCUUGAUUCUUUUCUAAUUUUUUAAAUUCCAACCCACUUUCUUUAUCAUUAAUCUGACCCCACCCCCAACAAUUUCCUCAUUCUCUUGUAUCUCAACCCAUUGAUCUCUUGCAGUUAUCUCUGUUCUUCCUUGCACCACACCCCUCCCUCUGAUUACCCCCAUUCCCCUCUCGUUCUCAUUACCCCUUCCACCUCUCCCAUUCUCUUUCUCUCUCUUCUCCUGUCUGCAUGUUUAUCUCUUCAUCGAUCCAUUAAUUACUGACUUUCUUUCCCUCCCUGUAUUCUCUAUCCCUCUCUUUCACUUGGAUUGUCUUCCUUACAUGUCCUUUCAACACGAAUUCACCAUGACUGAUGUUACAAUGUUCUAAAUCAGCAGAAAAUAUAUUUAUUAUCAAGCACUACAAAUAUGUAUAUCAAUUACUAUUUAUAAAAAAAUGGUAACAAUUCAGUGCCGAUUGGAAAAGUCAUAUUACCUGAUUUGACUACUAUGCUUAGAUUUCUGUACAUCUUGCUUGUAUGUUUCUAUGAAUUCCAAUCGCAUCCCCCCCUAUUCUCGAAAAACAAUGCCCAUGUAUGCGAAACUACAUAUACAAAAAUGAUAAACUUGGUCCUUUGCUCUUAGUUGAUGGUAAAACCAAUGCUGAGUGUAUCCUUCCGAUGUAUCCUCAGAAUGUGUAAAGAUAAGUAGUUUGGCUAAGGGAUGAUCAGUGGCUCUUGUGAAUAAGGUAGAAGACUCGACAUAGGCCAUCUUCCUGAAAAACACGUGCUCAACUUUUUCAUUCCCUCCUCUGGAAAAAAAAAUUGCUUCAUCAAUUAUCUGCCACAGUAUCAAGAAAGUGAAGUGCAAUGUGAUAUUUCAAGAACGGUUCUGGGUUAACUCCACUUGAAUGUUAAUCAGAGUUAAAGGCGUCUAUCUACUUUUUUGCCUUUUAUACUAAACUGGUAUGAGGCGGCUGUUAUUUGAUUGAUGGUUAGCCACAGUUUUAGAUACUUGUUUAAAGUUGCAACUUGAUCCUUAGCAUCAUUCACAGUAUCCUAUAGUCACAGCAUUCUAGGUGAUUUUCUGUACCAUACUGGCACAGCACUUGUUUGAUGAUUCCUCACUAGUUUGAGUCUCAUGCUCUGAUACCCCACUCGUUUCAAGUAUUAAUCACCCCUAAAGCAGUGACAUCACCAAUGAUUGAUACUGAGAAUGGUCUCUUUGCUUCAUCUGUAAAUUCUCCCUGAAAGUUGAAAAUUUACCUUGAUUAUUCUGAAUAUUGGGUCUUUGUGGGUGCUGUUACAGUCAUGUAUUUGGUAAUAAGGAAAGAAAAGGACAGUUAUUUAUUCCAGAUUCAGAGCCUCUUGUCAAACAAAGCAUCCUUGUCUAGAUUUUCCUGUGGUUUUUCUGGAAGUGUUUUUGAUGCAAUUGCUUGUAAAGCUCAUAUUUCCAAGAUUGUUUAGUGAUGACUGCUGAUCACAGCCCUAUGAUGGAGUGUUACUUGAUGUCCUUAAUGGACUCUACAACUAUGCUGCCAUGCGAAUCACAUUGGAUUUGUAUCCUACAGUGGGAGAUUCCAAGAGUAUUUUGACACCAACCAUGAAAUCACCCACUGAGACCUUGCAAUUUUGGUAUUAGCAAGAGCUUUGUCGAUCAACUUCUAGAUAAUUGAAUCUAAUCCUGUGGUGCCUUUGCUUUGCUUCCACUUGGCUGUGAAAGGAAACAGAAUGUGAAGUAUUUCUAGAGCCAUGUUCCAUAUUAUUUCUUUUGAAGAAGAGCAGCUACAUUUACAUCCUUUGAGAGUCUUAGGGUUUAUUUGAUUGAGUCUGUUGCUCUCAAAGAUGAACAGCUGCAUAAGAGGACAUCAGUAUAUCUCCUUUCCAAGAACCAUUGUAUUUCUGUAGGUUAAUCCAUGUAGAAUUGACAUCACUUACUGGAUGAAUAUAUCUGUUUCAUGUGAGUCCUGGAAAGAUUCAAUAAGCUGAUAAUUAGAGAUAUAAUCUCUUUAUGCUAUGAAGAAAUUCACCAAAUGGCCAUGUAAGACUUUAAUCCACUACGUUACAGUGGCUGCUGUUUUGGGUCAGAUGUGAGGUUGCCACACUAGUAUUUUGAAUUUUGGAUUUUUAGGGAUUUGUAUACUCUUCCAGACUGAUUCCACUAGAAUACAAUCCAGGUUGCCCUUUUGCAGGAAUAUUCCUAUGGCAGGAGCAGCAUCCUUUAGUGUUUUGUUUAGAUAUGACCACGGCUCAUCUCAAACAUAAUUGCACCCAGUCAGCCGUCUCUGUUUUGCUGCAUUAUGCAAAGGUUGAUCCAUUUGAUGUUUAAUGGAACUUGGCAAAUCUCUGUCAUGAAACAGAUUUCUUUGGAUCCUUGGCUUAGAUUGGCUGACUUUUGGCUGGAGACUCUGCCUAGGCAGAUAUCGCAAAGGGUUAUGUUUUUUUAGGAUUCACUGUGAUGUAGGUCAGAGAAAUGGAUUAAGGAGGAGCAAAUGUUUUUACCAGAGGACUAUCUAUGUAGGAGACUCCUGGAUGUGUGUAUUGAGUGAUAUCCCCGAUGCUCUCCAUGAAAUAUUACAUUGCACUUUGCUACCCAAAAGCGAUUCAGCAUUAAAAACUACAUUUCAGGGAAUAUGAAGCACCCAGUGUUCGAGGGAAUGGCCUAUGUUUAACCCGCGGGGUGUGGAGGCUCCCGAUUCACAUGAUACAUUGUUGUUCCGAUGCUUCAAGCUCCUUUCUUUCAGAGUUAUGGGGUGAAUUGGAUAUGUAAACUCAAGCAUGUGUUUUCCCGUAGAUGAAAGGGUGAAUGACCAAGACCACCCCUCGUCCCUCACCCCCCCCCCCCCCACCAAAAUAUACCAGUUGCCUUUUCUUCACAUUUAGAUAUGCAACUAUUUUUUAAUGGAGUUCAUAGAGAACAUAUGUAUUAUGUACAGAGAAAGCAGUCUAUCAAUAAUUAUUUACUUCAAAACAGUUCAAUAAAAUGUGCUAAGGCUAAAAGAAAAUAAAAAUACUUAUUUGGUAAAUGAAGCUGAUUAGAUAGAACAUUGUAUCAGUCUUGAUUGGCAAUUGUUUAGAGGAUGUGAAAGGAAGGAAGGAGUGACAAGAGUUGGUUGGAUAGUACAUGGAUGUAUGGAGAGACUGCAAUCAAUGGAUUGAUGGAUGAGAUUAACAAAGGAGAAGAUGGAGAGAGAAAAGAUAAGGGAAAGAUGGAGAGGGUGAUGAGAAAGAGAGAGGAAUGGAGGCAAUAAGAGGAGAGGGGGUAGUAUGAGGAUGGGCAGAGGGGCUGUAAAGAGAUCAAUGGAUUUAGAUACACGAAGAGAGAAAGGGGAGUGGUGUCAAGGUAAUAACAAAAAAAUGUUAUGUCGCCCUCAACGACAUGACCUGGGAAAUCUCAUUGUAUUGUUUGUGUACUAUUGGCAAGUCAUGUCAGAAAUCCCAAUUAAAAGCACUUUAGUUUGGGCCAAGCUAUGUAAUGUUUGAUGAAUGACAUGUGCACCUCUCUAUUCAUUGACAAAAAAAGGAGUCUUUUGCUAGUGAUGUCAUAGAUUUGUGUGGGUCUAGUUGGAAGACUACAUCUCUGACUUGGUAGAAACCAUUUUGUGAGGGGUCAGGGUUUGCCCCAUUGAUCGAGGUCACUUGCACUGGGGCUUCUUACUUGGAUAAAUCUUUUGGGCUGCUGGUUUAUUUUUUUUGUAGGUAGGAAUUUCCAAAUUUGUUAUGUAAAUAAAAUGUAUUAAAACUCAA